AUGUCGAGGUUCGGUACUUCGAAGUACGUUGGCGGAUGUUUUAUCCAGUUUCACCUUAUAAAUUGGAUAAGGUAUUACACAGAAAGGCGGCCAGCGGUAACCUGUGACAGAUGUGCCAUUUUAGUAGGCAACGAAUACUAAAUUUUGUACAAAUGAACACAUUGUUUACAUUUGAAGACCGCUGUCACUGCAUUGAUUUUAUGACCGGUCGAUUAAGUUUAUAUGUCGUAGCCUUUGUAGCCUUUAAACUUAAUGGCUACGAAGUAAUUUUUGAGUCCGAAAAUAUUUGAAUUCUGCAUUUUUUGAAGAAUGCUUAAAUGGUAUCCAUUUGACUUACAGUUUUCCUGACCGCAAACUGUCGACUGAUCUAUAUAUAUAUAUAUAUAUAUGUAUAUAUGUAUAAAGGACUUGUCCCACUUUGCUAAAUUUUAUUGUAUUGGAAGCACAUAUAGCUAAACCCACUAACCGCUUAUCAGUGAAAGUUGGGCACUUUACCGUUCUACUACCUCAACACUUUUACUAUGUUAGUCAAACGCUUUGGAUACACCAUUUGUGCCAGUCUCAUAAGCCGCUUACUGAUUCUGCCCCACUGGUUUUUCAUGAAACUUGCUGGUAUUGAUACUUGAUAAAACAGACGUCUCAAGAUUUCACAAGUUAAGACCACUAGCCAAAACGGUGGAAGUAGGACACUUCGAUAAGGUUGAGAUCAGGCAGGAUGGUAUUGCACCAUAUGAAAAUUGACCAACGGUGCCACUUCUACCUCAAUUCUAAACAUUACAAGCGUAAUCGGACUUCCUCAAUUUGCUCAUGUUCGGCUUAGGCUUGCAGAAUAAUCGAAACAUUCUCUUUUUGUCCAUCUACUACAAAGGUUAUUCAUGCAGGUCCUUCAGCGCCGAAAUCUCAAUUCGCAGGUGAUACCACAUUUGCCGCUUCUGGCUGUCGAAAGCCCCUUCAUCUUCCGUCAACUCUUCGACCCCGUAUCUUCUACUUAUACCUACUUACUUGGCGAUGCACGUUCCCGUGAUGCUCUUAUCAUUGAUCCGGUUCUCGAAAAAGCCGAACGAGACGUCGAUCUGGUGCGCAUUUCCUGUUUGCAUCCUCAUUUCCACUUUAAAUGUCUUUUUGGAAUUUAUUAAGCGGGCUAAAAGUCUGUUCAGACCCCGGACUGAACUCGCCCUAGAUUGAUUUGAAAGGUCUCGCACGAAUUGGAAAAAAUAUGCUGCUAGAAGCUUUCUAAAUGGUAGCCUCCUCUUCAUUAACUGGUCUUCGCUACCAGUCCAGUGACGAGAGCCUCGCUUGAUGCCCGCUGAUCCGGAUGAAGCGACAUUUGGCGGUUGCCGGAUCCUUAAUCGCAAUUUCACCAUUCUAGUAAUUUAAUAAAAUUUACUCUGGACAGAAUAUUAUGCUUACAACAGAGUGCGUACGUUCCAAUUUUAUACGAUGUUCUAACCAGCGGCCCCAUUUAAAUUAAUCAGUUCAUAAUCUGUAUGCUCGGGAGAUAUGUCAGAGUAUUUAUCCUGAAUGCUGCUUAGCAUAGGGAAUGUGCCAUUGUUCCGUGACAUGUUUUUGUCAUGGGUAGGUGACCGACAGGAUUUGAUUCCAUGAUAGUUCUGAAGCAAUGCACGGUUGAUUUCAAAUUUUACAAAACUAUUCACACAAGGUUUCAUCUCUUUCUACUCGUCAGCGUUCCGAUGCAGUGUAGCGUUUAUGAGUUAGUCCAGCUGUCCAAACAUUCCUGGAGAUGACUCACGGUUCUUAAAGCCUCCAUACAUCCCUUUUCCUGAUAAUCUCAACAGCUAACUUUAAACCGAUUUUGGUCGCCUUUAUAAAACUACCGUCUGUUUGAGGAAUAUGAAUUUGAUUUUGUGUUGGGGUCGGUGGAGCGCCAAUCCUACAUGCACUUGAAGCCGAAAAGGCAUUAACCCCUGGCUCAGGUAAGGGAACGUUUAGUUCAGAUAGCCGAUAGGUAGUUGGGUUGUAAAUGAUCCCCCAGUGGCCAUUUCAGGCUCUCUUGCGGUAAAGGUGCGGGCCACCUGCAGACUGAAGCUUCGAGGCAAAACAAGAAACGCUGUCUCAUUGCGACCUUGAAAUCCUAUCGAUCAUGAUUUUUUUGUUUGUGAGUAUACGUGCAGUCUACAAAGUCCCUGCACCUCUUUUACCCGUUAAAAAAUAAAAAUUAAACGUACCAAACCGAAUUAUUGAAUGGAGCCUUCGGACAAAACUAGCUGGAGCCACGAAUGACGCGUUUUUCAAGCCUGACGGCUUUACACAAUUGUCUUGAGCGAUUUUACUCCGAAACUCCUCCUUGAAACAAUGGUCUGCGCAGGACACAAAAACUGAAACCUUCUUCCAUCAGCUUCUUUCUCUCAGGAUGAUAUUUCUUGCUUCUUUUGAGACAUCCACACGGACACGUUAUUUCUCUUGUAUAGGAUGCGCGCCUUCUAAUGCCCCCUAACCUGGUGGACCGGGGUGGACAUUUUGACACUGCGGUGGGAAGGAAUACUGGCUCAUUUUCUUCUGUUUUCUCUGUCUACCAGGACUGAAAUGACCUCCAUAAGUUCACAGCCUGCAUAAUUUGAUUGACUCUCUCAGGCUGUUUGAAAGUCGCCCAGCACCCUUUUAAAAUUUAUUCGUAAGCUCAGUUAGACACAUUGGCCUGUGUUUGCUUUGGCGUACAGUUAAACGGACUUGCGAUGUUUUCACCUCACACGCUCUUCCAAGACCUGUCCUGUUUCUAUUGCAUCACUAAGUCAAGGCUGUCGGGGGGUAAGUGUCAACGCAGUUUAUGACAACUCCAGGGAAAGUUGCGGCGUUAGGAGAAACUAAGUUACCCAUUUAAGCUGGCGCCGAUUUCAGGUUAUGUUCCGUGUGGCGCUGAGAGCCCUCUUAACUGAAUGAGUUCGAGCGCUGUGCACCUGAUGUUCUCGCCUUCCCACUCGUUUUUCAGGUGAAAGCGCUGGAUCUACGUUUACUCUACGCCAUCAACACCCACGCCCAUGCUGACCACGUGACCGGCACAUAUAGGUUAAAGCAGGCUAUCAAGGGCUGCAGGAGUGUCAUCUCGGCCCUGGCUAAGGCAAAGGCCGAUGUGUUUUUCAACGAUGGUGAUAUCAUUCGUUGUGGAGACAUUGAGCUGGAGUGCAGAAGCACACCGGGUGAGUACUGCUCACUGACUGUAUGAAGUGUUCGGGAGCGUCACUGAAGACGGUCUCAUUCUUAACAUCCACAUCCUACGCAUUUGGCGGGAUUCUUUUCUUGGCUGCAAAACAGCGGUCUCGUUAUGCAAUCGAAUGCACAGAUCAACCAGAACCCGGUAAUACUGGCAGUUUAAAGUACACUUCUUUUAACUUUUGUUAAACCUAUCAUUUUCUUCGGCACUCUUGGGAUUCAAUGAAUGUCCAACGCUUGAACUCUGCCUAUCUCCUCUCACCUGGUCUGACUACGAACCCGAGUGUCUUCUUGAACUUAGAGUUGUCCCGCAUGCAGCUUGGGCUAAUUCACCCAGGCGCAUCUGCAUCCCCGCUUCGUGAUGCUUGAUAAACGGAUGUCAUUUGCCUUUCUAUUCUGAAGCCCUGAUUUCAAAGUAAAGCCGUAAGUCUUGUUCACCAGGGUCCACACUGACGUUUUUGGAAGAUCGCGCAGUAUUUGGCGGAACUCGUGUAACAUACGGAAGCUCACACUCCCCUUUUUGCGUGCGUGUCUGCGAAUAAAACCUAGUGGUUGAACUCUGCCGACAGAAGGUUAACUAGAAAUUUCAAAUUCCUACUGACGACCCGCUGCUUAUCAUAAAACGCAAUUACUGCACUUCAGUGUUGGAUUUUGUUGACAAAUUGUGCAGAACUUGCUCAAGAGGAUAGGCAGCCCGUGUAUGCUUGAAGUAACAAUAACAUUAGUUUUUUUACUAGGACUUCAUUUCGCACGGAAACGUCCUUGUUUUUGAGGUCAAAAACCUUGGCAGAACUCAUAAAACUGGAUGGCGGAAAUUGAAAUAGUCAAUUAUGGGCAAAUGAAAUGCUGUACUUUAAAAAAAGUAUAGUCCCUGAUGUGUCCUGGUGCAUGACUUGGUCAACAUGUCGUAUGUACACAUGUUGACAGACUAUCGAAGGUUUGUCAGCCACCGUGUCCAACCAGGUGAUUGGUGGGUUCGGAUAGUCAACUGGUGUAUGAGGAGAGGGAAAAGAAAGUGGGGCAGUCUCAGAGAACUCUAUUCCCAUGGCAAUUCAGAGCAUUCUCUGUUAUAAUAAAGCUGACGAGCUUGAAUCCAUUACGGUGCACAAAGAGUCACGAUUUGAAAGGUUGCCAGCUGACAGGUCAUCGCGGUCGGUCCUGCGUGGACUCAUGCCGUAUAUGUGCGUCAUACCUUGUCCCUAAAACGAGCCACGCAGUAGAUGCGCAGAGCCAACAGGGGAGGAGGGGCUAGAUGGGAGUCUGCCAGCUGUUAUCGAGAAUGGGCGCCGGACGCAAAUGCCACUACUCGCAGGCCGAGUUAUUGGCUCGCGUCGCGCCAAUUCGGAUCCGUUCCGUCCCCCCCUCCCCCCUUUUCUGCGGUUGUGUAAAAUGCUGGUCAGGUGUUCUUGGGAGCGUCAGUGGGUGUGGUGACAUGCCUAGUUGCUGGUGUUGGCCGUGCCAACCACCUGCGCCCUUUCCUGCUUCCUGUCUUCUUGACACCAGAACCCGGCGGGAUGGAGAGGAGAGAGUGCGGUAGAUGCUACGCAAGUCUACAAUCAUUAUGAAAUAUCUCACGCGCAAGUCACCGUCCAUGCUCUCACCCUGCUGUGGCCUCGCAGCGACCAAAAUAGUCACCCACGCCGGAAACAAAACAGGCUGAGAAUUUAUUGAAGCCUGGGCCUCGGAUGAGAAUUCGGUCAAUUGAUUUAUCGAUCUGGAGCCGGCGUACAGAGCCCUGUGUAGUCACCUCCAGUCUUUCGCCGUCGGUCAAUGAUUGGCCUACAUGCCUUAUAACUGCCGUUUGUUCUGUUGCUGCUGCUGCUACCUUUGACGAUGGACUCCUGUACGAGUCUGAAAGCUCAGGACAAUAAACACAGUGUUCCGGUGCUCGACUCGUCUUCUUUACUUAUGCAUACACCUGGAACUAGAAAUUUCGCCUUCAUUCGUGAAAUGUCAUACAUUGCGAGGGUGGUUGUGUACGCCUCGGCACAGGCUCGUGCCGCAGGAGCCAUCUGCGCGCAAUCUCCGCCUCAGAUAGUUGACCGGCUCGACGAUGGUCUGAUGUCUGCGAGAAGGGAGAGAGUCUGAGGUCAAAUCUGUGGGCUCCGUUCUUAUAGCACUCAACGCAUAUCCCCCACUUUAUGACGCGACUUUAAAUUAUCACGGCGGCAUGGAAGGCUGUCAGCUAAGGGGAUAACGCGAUCCUCCUCUCAGGACGGAGCGUCAGGGUCCAAUGACCCCUGCUUUAUGUGGCGGCUAUGGCAUUCCCAGUCAGCUGGGAUCCGAAGCUCCCUUUUUUUGUUUCUGGGAAACCAGGCGUGUGCGGUACGCGCAGAUGGGCUGUCUGAAAUUUGUCAGUCACCGUAUGCGAUCCCGCCCCCGGUUCUCCUGACUUUGUCUUGGGGAGUGGGGAGAGUUAGUGAGGUGGAUGCUGCGCAAGUGUACCGUCACCAUAAACUACUCCGCGAGCAAGUCGCCGUCUCUGCGCCCACUAUGCUGUGGGGCGCACCGCUGACGUCAUCGCCCGAGACGGUCGUUGGGAGUGCGACGCCUAGUGUAGCCAGAUGGAAUUACUUAGACAUUCUAAAAAAACGGGGGAGUCGUCAACUUCUGCGCCCAAUCUUCUCGGAGGUUCGGUUCCCUACGAAGAAAGAUGAUGACGGCAAGUCGUCACUAAGCCUUCGCAGCAACUGUCCAUUGCGUCUGAUGGAAACAGACCACAAAGGAUUGGACUACGAGAGGGAUAGAGGGAGACAGAAGAUCUACAUCCCUGGAAGCCCUUCGCGGCCAACGAGAAUCUCGACAGUUUUUUUCAAAAAAUGCGCACGCAAAGUCGGCAGGCAAAAAUCAAGGAUUAAACCAGUUACGCACCACAUAGCUGGUGCGUGAUAAAAUUUUGAUUAAAUGGUGGACGAAUGCGAGAGUGGACUCGUAUGCCGGUUUGGAGGAAGAAUUCGACAACACUUCAGACAUCAAAAGGACCCAUCGGCCAACGUCUCUUGUUAUUUACCGGAUCGAAUGCAAUUUAGCAUAGCCAACUAUAUAUCGGUGUGAUCAGUAAAAUAUUCAGUCGAGCAUGAAUGAACACUAAAUGGAUUUAGGACUCAAAGGUCAACCUUCUUCAGCGUAGUUUCGUCUCCGGAUGCGUGAAGACCCUAAGCCAAUAGGCUGGCCGGAUUUCGUGCCUAUCGCCGAAAGCGUGACGUUCGUCCGAUAACUCAGCAAAUCGGCAUGCGACCCGAUUACCAGGCCUUAAUUAGCAAACUGAAAGCGCGGAUGAAGGUCAUUUCAGGGCCAAUGGACUCGAUUGCGUGUUCGACUCGUCUGAUGAAUAAACAGCUACUCCAAAAGUUUACUGACCUUGAUCACGCGUAUUUAAUAUCAUUUUAAAUAGCUUUCUGCUCAACUGUCGGUUGAAAAUUUCAUUAUUACUUGCCAGUUCGUAUUCUCGCUUGCUUCCCGCUUCAGGCCAUACACCGGGCUGCACGACCUUUGUGCUGCAUUCCGCAGGGGCGGCAUUCACUGGAGAUGCAUUGUUCGUGCGUGGUUGCGGUCGUACCGACUUCCAGGAGGGUUCCGCGGACCAGCUCUACGACUCCGUUCACUCCAAAAUCCUGUCUCUGCCUCGUAAUUACCUGCUCUUUCCGGCACAUGACUACACCGGCCGCAUGGUGACCACUGUGGACGAGGAACUGCGGCUGAACCCCAGGUAAGUCGACGAUAGGAACACGUGUACAUAGUAUCGCCUUCCUUACCCUCAUCCACAUUUACGAUGUUUUUUGAGCUCGGACGAGCGAAGACAAGAAUCCCAGGGUCGCUGGAACAACUUUCUAUACUGACCGUACGUUCGAACAUUCUAUUCUGCUGCUCACUGUCACAGCCGGUGAUGACCAAGUGGCUAACCAGACUGUACCUCGGCCUUACCAGUUAUCGCGCCCAGUGACGAUCCAUUUGUCUGCCUUCCCCGCUUAUUCGUUGCCGCCUUGUUGGUGCGAGAGCCAUGGUGGUGCCUUGUCCGUGUGCAGAUUCAACACACUUGUUGAACAGGGAAUAGUUAUGACCGCUUGGGGGUUACAAGAACGAGUCACCGCCAUUGCGGGAGAAGGUGACGACAAGAAAAAUCGAUAAUCACAGGCCGCAUUAACUCGUAAGGUCUUAUGGAUUUCAGUUAGUUUUUUUGCGUAGGCCCCAACAGUGCUCAGCAGACUCAACUUUGAAACAGUCGCUGUCGGUGGUACAGUGCGUGACCGAUUUCAUGAAAUGUUGGUCAAAAUUCUGGAAUGCGUUGCUGAUUAGCAAGGAUUACUUAAGUGGGGUUGUUAUACUGAUUAUAAUGCAUCAUAACCUUAUAGCAUUUCGGGCUUGCCAGGAUGUCGGCUUUUGAAUGCACUUCCUUUUUACCUCCUGCAGAAACCACAGUCGGUAAAAAUUGACUACUUAACUAGCAUGCAUUUUUCCUAGUGAUUUUCGAUAGUCUUAUAAAUUCAAAUAUAGUUUACAGAAAACAUGCACAAAAAUAUUCGUUCUUUUCCUCAUUUGGUAGAAAAUCACAUUGUCUUCAUAUUUUAUACCCGAAAAAGUGUAUAUUUAGGUUUUGAAAAAGUUUCAUCAUUCCCGAAUAAUUUUUCAGCCUGAUCUGCCAUUACAUCAGCGUUUAGCAAUUUCAGUCUACAAAGUGCAUGCAUUCCGCGUAAGGAAAAUCAUAUAUUUCUCUAUGCCUUUAAGAAGAUACUACAUAAGUCUCAUGAAAUUUCGCAAUGGAUCCGACUGCGUUGUACAUUUCAUGAGGAGCAUUAGUAAACGGACAUGUGCGGUCUUGCAUGCAUGGACAUCGCACGGUCUUAAAAAUUUCGUAAUUAGAAACUUUUAAAACCUAAACAUAGGUUUCUUCGGGCAUAAAAUAUAAAGCCAACGUGAUUUUCUAUCAAAUGAGCAAAAGAAAGAAUAUUUUUGUGUAUGUUUUCCGUAAAUUACAUUUGAAUUUAUAAGACUAUCGAAAAUCACUAGGAAAAUACAUGCUACUUAAGUAGUCAAUUUUUACCGAGUGUGCUUUCUGCAGGAGGUCGAAAAGAAGUGCAUUCAAAAGCCAACAUCCUGGCAAGUCCGAAAUGUACUCAUUAUGGUCUAUUCCCUAGAGUCAACCGGCAUAGUUCUUUGCCAAAGUCCGUCGACCGUACAUCUCCUUCGUAUCAGAAUAUGACUGGCGGUUUGCGGGCUAUAAGCUAAUCGUGCUUCUCCACCUGUCCUACAAUGAGUUCACAUAUUUUAAGGGCUCCUAAGUGGUUCUUUUAGGAUGCCUUGUCGCUCGUAGUGCUUCAAUCUUCCUUCGACUUAGAACCGCAUCGCUUCAUCCGUCCCUGUUGGUCUCUGUACUGAGAUAGCAGCCUGCUAUUUGGAUUACUUCUGCAUGCUGCAGAGGUAAUCGAGUGUUCAUCGGGAACUGUUUUAGAGAUUUUGAGUAAAAUAGGGGAACUUACGAGUGAAGGGCAUCCCCUACCUGUCUGUAAUACCUCCUUUUAAUGUCCAACGAUAGUUCGGGGGGAGCACUACUGUUCCGAGUAAGCAGUACUGACUUGGGCUACCUCGGCUCCUUACUCUUUUUCGCAGCGACGAGGUGUAGACUGCACAACUAACUUGAGCUAACCUGUGGACCGUUUCAUACGUUGAAUGGCAGUAGAGGGGACCUAUAUGGGAUUAGGAGUGUGAGAAAGCCGCACUACUCCGUACUUGAGCGCAAACAUUUGAGAAGACGGUUCCCCACGAACGACCGUAAAAGGCAUUAGUCGGUUCUUUCCAGUGGAAAUAAUUGGGUUCUUUUUCCGUAAACAUGGAAUACUGAGGACAGAAAUACAUGCUGCCUAAGUAAGCGUGACGUUUGUCCAAACUGGGUCUUUCAAGGUGACCAGACAGGCUCUCAUGUGAAAGCCGACGGGCCGCGGUGUACAAACAGGCAUGUGUUUAAAAGAAGACGAGGGCACGAUCACUGGGACGGUAUAUUUAUUGGUAGUAGCUUUCGAACUCGAACUGGAGUUCAUCAUCAGAGACUUCUAGAGCACAAACCAAACCUAGUCACGGACGUAAUCCCGUCCCCCCUAACGGCACAACGAUAUAAAUGUUCACACGUUGCUGCACUCUAGCAGUCUCUGCUGAUGAACUCCAGUUCGAGUUUGAGAGCUAAGGCCAAUAAAUCCAUCGUCCCAGUGAUCGUGCCAUCGUCUUCUUUUAAACAAGAACCUGGGAUGCGCAUAUUCUCUUCCAUUCGUGAGACAUGUGUUUGCCUUCCAUGUUUAUCAACUCUAAGACCCUACCAGAGCAAGCUUUCUCACGGAGAUCAUUUCUGCUGGACUUUAUGCUAUGACUCUUGAGUUUCGCACAUGUUUAAGGUCAUUUAACUGAUAAAUAAUAUUUGUGCAAGCGACAACAAUAACGGCUCUCGGUGACAUCAGCAAGGACUGUCACAAUUCGCGAUGCAACUCUUUCUGUCUCUACCUCUGUUCCUCACGAGAGGUAAGGAAGUUUGCCGAACCGUGUCGGCGAGAAAUAAGUUUGUUUUUGCCAUUGACAGAGUCAGGAUCAAUGGGGGAGGGAGGGAGGAGAAGCCGCAGUUAUCCAAUCAGAAUCCUCAGAUGGGUACGUGGCACAAAUCGUCACAUGCGACUUUCCGAGUCAUGGUGUGAACUUGAGGAUUUAGAGUGCACCCCACACUGGCUAGACUACACAUACUGAAUGUCAAAAUACCCGCUCGUUAUGAAGAAGCCACACGCAGACGCAAUAUCUACGAUGCCCAGGAAGUAUGUAGGUUGUCUGAGAGGUGCAAGACAACGUCCCGAUUCACUAGUUUUGUGUGCACGAUUUUUCCUGGACAUUUAUGAUCGGCGACUUCAACUAUAAACGCACAUUUACCCGGUCCUGGUCAGAUCUUUUGGCAUUGCCGGGACACAGUGUUGUAGUGUUGACUAACGAAUAGGUGAGGGCGCAGGGAUUGGCGAAACCGGUGUCCAAGUCCCUAACUCAACCGCGCGCAGGGGAAUCCUGUCGUCCGCAAAAUAUGCACGCUAUAAUUCCGGCAGGGUCGCGUAAAACACAGAAAAGAUCGCACUCUUACGCCAACCCCACCAAACUCCGCAAAGGAAACUACACUCAUACUGUAUGAAAUCGCCUUGACAGGACUCAACGUUAGAGUAGGCCCUUUCAGCAGUCCCGAUUACAAAACCCCUGCGUAGUGCAGGUUUGCCCUGCUAAAAGUCGAUCCGACGACAUUAUCUUUGGACCGCGUCGUCGAUGAUCAGACUGCCAAGCCCCCCUAAAUGUCAACAGUAUUUCCUCGUUUUAGCAGACCAAUGCGGAACCCUCAAAUUUGCCGAAAUAAAUAUCGAUUAAUUAUUCAUACAUUUCAAAACGCCAGCUGGUAUUGUAAAUGGACUCGGAUAUUCCCAUUAGAACCAAUCCAACUCCUAAAUGUAACGAAAUUUAAGCCUUCGCGUGAUUAUCGAGAAAUGGGGGGGGGGGUUAUCGAGGGACUGUUUAACUUGCACCCAUCUACGGAGACGCUAGUUCUCCGCCCUAAACCCGCCACCUUAUUAUAUCAGGGAUUUCAGAUAUACUUUUCUUCUCUUUUUGUCCGUCUACCUAUUACCGCAUUUCUGAUUCAUUUACCUUACGUAGACUCACAAAGUCGAAGGCCGAAUUUAUCGAGAUAAUGAAUAACCUGAACCUCCCCCGACCAAAGCUCAUGGACCAUGCCGUGCCGCUGAACCUGGUCUGUGGUGUCCCCAGUGAAUGA